AUGUAUGUGGGCGAUUUGGUUGGCUUCUACGUUAUUCCGAUGCUCCUGAACAUUGUCAUUUAUGCAAAAAUCGCCAUCGUUCUAAGUCAAUGCGGCGACAAAAUGAAGGGCAAAGAGACAGUUAAUCAAGCCGGUAGCUUGCUGCCAACACAAGUAAUGACGGAGACAAAAGUCAGCCAUAUUACCGAAGGAGUUAUUUCGGUAAUAAGUUUUCAGGUUGUGAAAAUGUUAGCGUUGGUGGUCUUUGUGUUCGCUACCUGCUGGCUACCAUAUCGAGCUAUGGUGGUGAACAACUCGUUCCGUGACGAAAAAUGGAACUCAGACGGAUAUAUCUUCUUUUCGAAGACGAUGAUCUUCAUCAACUGCGCAAUCAAUCCAAUUCUCUACAACUUGAUGUCGGCACGAUUUCGUGGAGCCUUUCGCAAUCUCUUUUAUGGCAAAGGUUCCAUCAAUCAGAAACAUCGUACGUGGUUUUGGGCUUUUUUUUGUGAUUAA